AUGACGCUGGAAAGCGAAAUUCCAGCCUCCCGAAGGGGCGCUCUUGUUGUUGUGGAAGGGCUCGAUCGCGCCGGGAAAUCAACACAAUGCGCGAGACUGCACCAGUUCCUCGUAGACCAAGGGCAUAAGACGAAAUACAUUCGAUUCCCAGAUAGAACUACCUCCAUUGGCAAGAUGAUAAACCAGUAUCUUCGUGGAGAGAUACAGCUCGACGACCAUGCGGUUCAUCUGGUCUUCUCUGCGAACCGGUGGGAGGCUGCUGCGCAGAUACAACGAGAUAUUGAGUCCGGGAUUACCGUCAUUGUUGACCGAUACUCGUAUUCGGGGGCCGUAUACUCGGCCGCAAAGGAGAACAAGGAACUACAGCUUGACUGGGCAUGGAGACCUGAGGUAGGGCUACCUCGACCUGAUAUCUGGUUCUUUUUGAACGUCUCAACCGAAGUUGCGGCCGCAAGAGGAGGGUACGGAACUGAGAGAUAUGAAACUGUCAAUCUGCAGAAGAAGGUCGGGAAGCUAUUCCUCUCCUUGACUGGGCUGAAGGGCAAUGAAGAUAUGAGGAUUGUUGAUGCGGGUAGAGAGGUAGAUGAGAUAUCUCAUGAGAUCCGGGAAGAAGUGCUACAGACGAUGGCCAAACUGGAUUCUAUAGGGCCUCUGAGGAAGCUUGACGCUUUGGUGUUUACGGAGAUGAAAGACAAAAGUUCUUCAUAG